UGGGUGGGUGGCUGUGGGAUGACCAGCAGUGGGUGAAGACAGGAUACAUGCACACAGGCCUAAAUCCAAGAACAGACUCAUUUAAUCAAUUGCUGAAUGGUAAAUCAGCAGUUAUGCAAAUCCCAUUUCUUCAGUGGUCUAUUGGAAUUGGAAUUUAAUAACUAGAUUUGCAGCACAGAUUCCUUUUCUGUGACACAGUGUCAACCAUAUUCACAGUCUUCCCUUCUCCCUUAAAAUCUCUGAUUGUUGGGAUGGGGGAUAGAUUGAACCACUCUCUAUCCUGUUUUCAAAGCUACUCAAAGUUGUUGGUUAACAGCGAAUACAUAGGUGGAUGGGUGACGAAACCUACAACCUUUGUGUGUAGCUCAAAGCCAGUUUGGUUGAUUUGGGGAUGAAACAUCACCCUCAAAAUCGAGGAUUUUGAAUCAACUUUUGAGGGAAGGGGCUUAGAAGGGUUCAGGGGUUGCAAAACUGGACUUAUUAUUAUUAUUAUUAUUAUUUACAGCAUUUAUAUUCUGCCCUUCUCACCCCGAAGGGGACUCAGGGCGGAUCACAUUACACAUAUAGGCAAACAUUCAAUGCCUUUUAACAUAGAACAAAGACAAACAAACAUAGCCUCCGAGUGGGCCUCGAACUCAUGACCUCCUGGUCAGAGUGAUUCAUUGCAGUUAAUUGCAGCUGGCUUGCUCUCCCGCCUGCGCCACAGCCCGGACUUGAGCUACAUGUGGCCAGAUGAUCAUCAUUCCUGCUACAGCAACUACAUAAAAGGCAAAAAAUCAAUGGGUGGAACUUUCCCCAUUUUUGGAUCUCUAUUUCAGGACAAACUUUACCUAUUGGUUUACUUAAAACGCAGAGAGGCCCAACAGAAGGAAAUGCUGCAGCCUAAUUAAAUUUAAAUAUGUGAUAGUCUUAAAUUUCAUGGCACUAAAAGUUUGAUGCAGUUUGGUUCAGAAUUAGUAUAGGAUGAUAAAAGAAUCCCCUUCCUUCAGUCCUGCCUCAGCCAAUCUUGGCAGUAAGCCCAGAGUGUGUUGUGUUGUGCACUUUGGUUCCUAUGGAGAUGGAGAGAGAUACUGACCUUCAGCCCGUCCUACAGCAAUUCUGCUUUCACACAGCAGGUCUCCAGCACUCUCCUGUCAUGGAGAGUAGCAUCAUUGCUUCAGGAAGAAGUCACACCCUUCUUCUAUUUCCAGGACACAUCUAGCCUGUCUGAAAUAUAUACAGAACUAUUAUCCAUGGAAUCUGUGUAGCCGAUUUUACAAUGGCCACAACGUACACAUCACCUACACUUCACAGUAUUAAGCAAUGGCAUUUGGAAAGCUUAGGGCUUCUUGCUGGAGGCCCAAAAUCCACAGACCAAAUUCAGAAAAUGGAACUCCUACAUACACGAUUCAGCACAUGGACACCUAUUGAAAACAAAUCCCUUAAUAAUCAGCUCUUUCAGGAAAGAAUCAGGCUUAUAAGCCAUUGGUUUGACAUGUGGACAGACAAACAACGCAAGGAGUUUCUACAUGGGAUAUUAAUCAAAUGCAACAAAUCACAAAUGAAAUUUGCUGAAAAAUGGCUUUUAGAAAAUAUCCCAGUGAUUAAAGUGGACUUCACCACUUUACUGCCACGAUUCAUAUCUUUGUACAUCUUCUCCUUUCUCAACCCGAAGGAUCUUUGUGCAGCAGCCCAGGUCAACUGGCACUGGAAGUUUUUAACUGAACAGGAUUGUCUGUGGAUGCCAAAAUGUAUUUCAUUAGGAUGGUUUCUUCCCUACACUCCAGAAAAAAAUGAACACGGAGCUUGGAAGCAACAUUACAUGGUUUGUGCAACUGAUGUAGAUCACUCAGCUCCGAGGGUUAACACUGAAACCUUUGAAGAACAUAAAACAGAGUAUGAAGAACAUCAAGAGAGAAUGCAUGCAGAACGUCUACGAAAAAUUAUUAGAGAGCAAAUGGCACUACACAAGAAAGAAUUGUUGAAAGCUCGCCCCCCUUGGUUAAGUGGAACACGGAACUCAGGAUUUUACAGACAUGGAUGGCAAUUGAGUUUGUCCCAAAUUAUCCAUGACCGAUCUAGAUUGCCUGCAACAGUGUUACUGGCAAAGAAAAGAAUAGCUUCUUCAAAUCAUAUGCUCUCAAAACAUUUUUCUGAAGAAAUGAAAUCUGAAUUGAAAUUCAGUCGAGAAGCAGAGAAGCAGCUUCUGAAGAAUGUGGUUGGGAGCAGCUCUUCUCUUACAAUGCCUCACAAACAUUGUUGGACAGUUUCCCGAAGCUACCCUUAUGGGGAUCAUGUUCUUCAGCCACAGCCACAUCUGAUACUCAUAUCAUCCCAUGUUCCUGCUUAUGAGCUGAUUGUGGACAGUGUUAAGCCUGGAGUCAUCCCUGUAGUGUAUGAGCCGAGCAGCAACACCUUGGAAAGCCUUCUUUUCUGUGUGCAAAAGGCCCUGGAUGGCCAAGCAUCGAAGAGUAUUGGGAUUUUUAGCAAUGGAAAUUCCAGGGGGAUUAACCUGCUUCAAGGCUACAGAAUCAACAUCAAGACCUUGCUUAAACCUGAAGUGAGAGACUUUUGGGAGAAGUUAAAAAGCUGUGUCACUUCUGCAGAAGAGGGUGGCACAAUAGAUAUCUUUGUCCCUUUGUCAGCUUCAGAGGCAGGACUGGAAGUCCUUUCUCAGCUGUCUCGUUUAACUGGCUUGCUCAUAAGGACCCCCACAGGAAUAGCAACUGGAUCAUAUCAGCACAUCCUCAGUGAAUGGCUGGGAAAUCAGAAAGAUGCAUUUCCUCCAUCUCUCUACUUCACUGACGUAAAGCUGCAGGUGUGGCUUAGGUUCACAGAACUUCUGGAAGAUGCACUGAAAGCUGUCAGAAAACACUUAAGACCAUAUUUCUCUGAUUUGAAGAAGAAUAUAACUGGCAAGAUUCUUGGUCACAUUAUGUUUGAUGCCCUCAGCUGGUAUGAAGUUCAAGAUAAUCAGAGAGUAGCCCAGGUUUUGGCUGAUGGAUUAGUUGAACUUUCAAGAGAAAACCAUGAAAAUCCUUUGGAAUUUCUAUCAUUUUUCCUGAUGAAGAAACAUGCAAAAGAUAAAGAGCUUAGAAAAGAGGUUGCCAUGACUGAAAACAACUUAGAAGCAAACCUUGAAGGAUCAGUUAAGAAUGGCCGGCUUUAUGAGGACAUAGUAGACAAGCGCAAAAGCUUUGCUAAAGAGCUUCUGCUAAGUGAAAAGAACUAUGUACACAUUCUGGAAAUUGUAAGGGAUGUUUAUGUCAAGCCACUGAAUGCAGCCUUAACCUCAAAUCGAGCCAUCCUAAGCUAUGUCAGCAUUCAGCUCAUCUUUGCAGAUAUUUUGGGCAUCUUACAACUGAACAAGUGGUUCUUAGAAGUGUUAAUACAAAGACUUAAUGAAUGGAGCCCAGCCCAAAAUUUAGGAGAUCUAUUCAUUGCAUUUGGCCAGCAGCUUCAAACAUACAUAAACUUCUACAACAACUAUACAGUAAUUCUGAAAACCAUAGACAAGUGCAGGGAGACCAUCCCAGUAUUUCGCGCUUUCUUGAAGAGACAUGAUAGGACUGUCAUUACAACAAUGAGGAGUCUACAAGAACUCCUAUUGUGCCCUUCUAAGAGGAUUGAAGAAUACAUCACUCUCCUGUAUGCUCUGAGUGUUCACACUCCUGCAGGACACACUGACCGGGAAGACUUGAUAGCUGCAACUAGUCAAAUGAAAAGAUGCAAGGAUUAUGUAGAUCAGCUCAAGCUAAACGUGAACAGAAAUGACCAACUAUUAAGUACACAAAGACUCAUCCAAGGAUGUCCAAAGUUACUGAAAGCCAGUAGGUCACUAAUCAGAACCCAAGACGUAGCCCAGCUAAAGUGCUGUUCUGAGAGAGUUGCUGUACCAUACAGGCUCUAUGAACACACACAUGAUCUUAGCCUUUUCCUUUUCAACGACAUUCUUGUCAUUACACAACGCAGCAUCUCAUACAAACCUUUUGAACGGAUCUCAACAACAACGCAUCAGUUCUUGACAGCGGUAACACUUCAUCAACUCCUUGUGGAUGAUAUCCCAGAUUCUAAAUAUAUCAAGAAUGCUUUUCGUCUGCAAGGGCCCAGGCAGCAAUGGAUUUGUUGUACCGAGGAAGAUGACAAGUUCACAUGGCUUUCCUCACUACAAAAGGCAAUUACUUGCAGUAUAGAAGAGAAUGUUUACUAACUUUACCCAGAUUGAUUAGUUGCUCAUUACUUCCACGAGUACAGAAGAGUAUGAUCAUUUUAUUAACCUUUGUUCAGCAAUUUACUGUAAAAACACAAAUGAUUGCAAGUAAUUGAUUCUCUACCAACAGUGAUGUAGAUCUUCAAUUUUUUCAACUCUAUGGUAAAAAAAACUUUGAACUUUAUUUUCUAGCUUUCUUGGAGGGUGGGGUAGUGGUAGAAUUUGGAACAGUACGAAAUACAGAUUUAGUGCCAAUGCUCAUUUGCGGAAGAUACCAAAGAUCAAAGUACUACUAAGGGUUUAUCUACCAGGAAGCACAUAAUAUUUUUAUUUUCUAAUCUGAGUUCCUUCUAAAACAGCAUAAUUAAUAGUUUCCAACACUAGAGGACAGAUUUCAUGGUGUUUAACUAGCCAGUUGAAUACAAUGUUUCUAAUGUUUCUUUUAUCAUUCACAAAAUCCCCAAUGCAAGAGGUGUAGGAUGAUGAGAGUGCUAAAUGAUGGCUUCAUGAACUCUUAAUAAAUUUGUUUUGGAGUGCCUCCAUUUCUCAUGUCUACUUGCCAUGAAGAAGUUACUACAGGAACAGAAAUGAAUGCAGGGAUAGGCAUGUGGCUUUCCAAAUGCUUUUUGGCCACCAGAACCAAGAACAAGAAAUUAGCUGCAGUAGUCCAUAAACAUCUGGAAAGUCUUUAGGAUCCUCCAUUGUCUAAAGCAGUGGUUCCCAAUCUGUGGGUGUUUUGGUCUACAACUCCCAGAAAUCCCAGCCAGUUACCAGCUGUUAGGAUUUCUGGGAGUUUAAGGACAAAACAUCUGGGGAACCACAGGUUGAGAACCACUGGUCUAAAGGAAGGCAAUAAAAUAUCUGAGUAACAUGUGUAGAUACUUCUCCUGAAAGGGGUCCACUCUAUCAUGGUCAGCUUAUUAAAAAAGGGAAGAGAAAGAUUCUUGUUCCCCAGGAAACCAUUUGGUUUAGGAAGUCUUGUGGUGUUGUUUUAUUAAAACAAUUCACUCAAAUUAAAAUAUUGUGCUGUUUUAUUGGUGUAAAAAUCACACAAUUGCUAUUUCUGAUUCUGCUGAGAUACAUCCAUGCAUUUUAACAUCUAUGAUCCCACAGCCAGAAUAAGCCAUUAAAUAGAAUAUCUGCUGUUAGUCAGCAUUAAUGCAAAUUUACAUAUGAGAUCAAAAGGUGUGUAUUAUACAAUAUACAACAAAUCCUAAUACAGUACAUCAACCUGAAUAGCAGGAUACACUCAGGAAAUUUUUUGUGUUAGUAAUGAAACCUGUCUGCAAGCCAGAAAAAUAUGGCUUAGAGACAUUAGGAGAAUGAUCACCCAACCCUUUAAAAAGAAAAAAAAAUAGAUUUGUGAGAGAAAAGGCUGGGAAAGAAGAGUUGAGGUACUGACACAUUUCUUGACCAUAGAGUAUGUUACAGUAAAGUCUGGCAUAUGUGUCAGUUAAUAAAGAGCAAUGUGCAAAGCAUGCAACUACAGGUGGUGUUCAGGAAAUGUCCACGACUGGGAUUAACACCCAAUCUUUUCACAGAAGGGAUGCACUUUUGUGCACACUGCAAAAUUUGGGUCAUGAAUGAAAAUAUUUAACAACUGUCAAGCUGUGGUCACAUAUGAAAUACAUGAACGGGAAAGGACAGCCGAAUUCAUUUGGUAUGGCAAGGUAGUUUAAACUUGUGUGGCACUUGGAAGGUGAAGGGUUGUUCAAGAUGGCAAGUGGCUUGAAAUUCCAAGAUUGCAAAGUUGGAAAAAUGUGGUAUUUGAGAGGAUUAAUGACCACAACCGUUAAUCUUCUCUUACACAAUCAUAGCAUUGUAAAAGAUCUUUCUUUAUGAUAAAUCUAUGUGCUUCAACGUUAAAGACAGAUAUUCCUUUGGAUAUCUGGGAUGUUUUUAUUCAUGAUUUUUGACAUGAAAUAUAGAAAAAUCCAUAAGGUAAUCAAUUCCAGUUUUGGGAUUAUAGGCCACGGAAGUUGUAGAAACCUUGCUCCAACUUAAAAAGUAUGUCCCUCCCCCAAAAUGGGAAGGUUGGCAGUGCCAAUAUAUAGAACAUUCAAGGAAACACGUAUUCCAUCCUUUGUAUUAAAAUUAGAAAAGUUACUUAAAUACAACUGUGGACAGAGGACAAAACAAUCACAAAAAAAUGUUAAGAGUGCACUGAGCUGAACAUAUGGGCUUUUGAUAGGGCCUUUUUGCCCAAUUUCCCCUUUCAGAGUUAAUUAGUUCACAGUUAACGGCAAUUGGCUUAUAAGUGAGAGAAAGGUCGAAGUUGUUCCAGUUGAACUUCCAGUGAAAUUCUCUCUUCAAGAACAUCCUACAACAGAAAGAUUUGUCCAUUACAUAUUACAAUGCAAAAUGCUAUUCUGAAAAACAAUAAUCCCCUUUUAGAUGCAAUGAUGAACAUGCUAGCUUGAAGUCUGUUAUAUACGCAUAUACCCCAUUGCAUUCUUGAUACAUUUUCAUUGUUUUAUACAAGCCACAUUGGAGAUCUUUUUGUAAAGAAAUCAAAUAAAUCUAGCACAAUUGUUUGUUGCUAAAUUUUAAGGGGGAAAGAAAGUAUGCACUGAGUAUCAUAAAGAGUGGCAAGAGAGAUUUUAAAGAGUGGCAAGGGAGAUUUCAAAGACUGGACAUCUGGCAAACUUAAACAACCAAUGCAGACAUAUUAGCUAUAUCAAAGAAGCAGAAGCAGAAUCGCUAAAACGUUAAGAAAAAAUGAUCAACUCUAAUACCUUCAAAAACAUAUGAACAAAAGAUUUGGCUCUGAAGAUAAUUGCAUGGUUGUACAGAGUCCCUAAUGCAAAGGUAAACGUUACCUUUAAUUGCUGCUGCAAUUCACUAUUCAGUCUGGCCAACACAGUAUUAGUCUCCUUAUUGCGUCUGAUUGAUGCCUGAAUAGCCUUCUUGUCCUUUCCCACUGAUCUGAGGAGAUAUUUCAAGAAAUAGUUUUUAGAGACUGCUAAAUAGCUUAAAUUUUCCUGAAAUCAGUUAAUAUUCAAUUCCUUGAUCCUUCUUAAUAUAUAUUUAGUUGCAAGGUGGUAAAUAAAGACAUUCAUGCAUGCACACACAGAUGGAUGUUAUAGUACUGGCAUAUUUUUUUCCAAUAGCUACCAUCUAUACAGUUACACUUAAAUGUACAGCCACUACUGUACUAUUUUGAAAUUUUCUUAUUUUGAAACUUUUUGUAGCAAGGACAAAACUCUGUGUUCUGACUGUACAUCCUUUUCUAGCAAAUGGCCAGGCAGUGUUUGUCUCAGUAAAACCUGCUAGCUUAGAUUCAACUGAACUGCUGUCAUAUGCUUAAUGUACCAUUGGGCUUUCAAAUUGUUUUGAUCUUAUGGCCACCCAAAGUUCAACCUGUUACAGAGCUUCUUUUUUAUUUUGGCAAGAUUUUUUCUGAGGGAAUUUGCUCUUGCCUUCCUCUGAGGCUCAGAGCAUGCGAUUUACUCAAGGUCACCCAGCAGAUUUCUAUGGCUGAGUAGAAAUCUGAACCAUAUCCUCCUAGGAUUCUAGUCCAAUACUCAAACCAGUACACUGUGCUGGAUGUAUGCUUCUAUAUAAUUUAUCUGGUUCCCAAAAUUUCUGUUUUCCAAGAAGUGUGAUAUUUAUUAGCUUAAAAGUGAUUAUGAAGCAAAAGAGGGCAUGAUAAGAAAUCCAGCAAGAGUAGCAUUUUGGAAUUGAAGCCACUGCUCCUGUUAUAGAAGUAGCCUGUGCAGUUCCCUAUGAAGCUGUCAGUACCAAAUUCUCCUGCUCAGUCUAUGCAGCCUUGCUUAAAAGAAAUGUGAUAAAUGUGAUGGAAUAAAUGGCAUUUUCAAUUAAAAUCA